CUGGAUCCACAGGCUGUGCAGACGAAGAACUGGCACAUGGACGUGAUUGAGAUGAACGGGAUCAAGGUUGAGUUCUCCAUGAAGUUCACGAGCAGAGACAUGAGCCUGAAGAGGACCCCGUCCAAAAAGCAGACCGGUGUCUUUGGGGUCAAAAUCAGCGUCGUGACAAAGCGUGAGCGCUCCAAGGUGCCUUACAUCGUGCGCCAGUGCAUAGAGGAGGUGGAGAAGAGGGGCAUCGAAGAGGUUGGCAUCUACAGGAUCUCCGGCGUUGCCACAGACAUCCAGGCGUUGAAAGCUGUCUUUGAUGCCAAUAACAAGGAUAUCCUGGUCAUGCUGAGUGAUAUGGACAUCAAUGCCAUCGCUGGCACACUGAAGCUGUAUUUCCGUGAGCUGCCGGAGCCCCUUCUCACUGACAGACUCUACCCCGCCUUCAUGGAGGGGAUCGCCCUCUCGGAUCCUGCUGCCAAGGAGAACUGCAUGAUGCACCUUCUCCGCUCGCUGCCUGACCCCAACCUCAUCACCUUCCUCUUCCUGCUGGAGCACUUGAAAAGGGUAGCUGAAAAGGAGCCCAUCAACAAGAUGUCUCUCCACAACCUAGCCACGGUCUUUGGGCCGACACUGCUGAGACCCUCAGAGGGAGAGAGCAAGGGACACCUCACCCUGGCCUCUGACAUCUGGUCCCACGAUGUGAUGGCCCAGGUCCAGGUCCUUCUCUACUACCUGCAGCAUCCUCCCAUCUCCUUCACUGAGCUGAAACGCAACACACUUUACUUCUCCACGGACGUGUAGCCUGCAGGGAGAAGGCACCAGCUGCAAACACUCCCAGCUCCCUGCUCGGGGGACACAGACUGGAUCGCAGCCCCCCAGGGAGACCGGCCCGGACCCAGGACGGUGCCACCUGCAGCUCCUGUACAAUCGCGUACCAGUGGCCCGGUCCCACCCCAGGCGCCGUGCCUCUCUGUAAAGUAGUCGUGUCUUAUGUC